AUGUAUAAUGCUUUGUCAAUAACAGAAAUUGCAUCACAAAGCGAUUUCAAACGAUGGUCAGCAAAACAAGUAAAAGAAUGGGCUACAAAAGAAGUUCAAGUAAGAGAAGAAUAUGCCCAGAUGCUUCUUGAUAAUGAUGUAGAUGGAGAGAGUAUAGCAGUGUUUACAGAGGCUGAUUUUGGUAAAUGUGGCAUAGUCGUAGCACCUGCAAAGAAGCUCUAUCUGGCUGCUCAACAACUUUUAAUUAAACAACAACAGCAGCAACAACAAUCGCUAUCGCAUCAACACAGCAGCAGUAGAGAAACUUUAGCUAGUGAUACCUUACAGCAAAGACUAGACAAAAUUACCAAACUCAAAGAAAGUGAUAUUACUGAUAUACUCCAAUCGGAAACAAUUGGUGUUUCCUCAGAUCAUGCAAGUGAAAUGGCAGAGUCUCUCUGGAAUGAUGGGUUCUACACCAAGAUCCGCUUACUUGAUGCUCUCGAAUCCCCCGCCACAAAUUAUCCACAUUUAGUCAAAGGUGCCAUAGGAGACCUUAGACGCUUACUCUCAGAAACCCCACCAUCUACCCAACAACCUCAAGGUAAACUACAUCAUUUAUUUUGUUUUGUUUGUUCAUGUUUACAUAUCAUUGACCUCUUUCACUACUUUUGUCAAACAUACCUAAUUGCUACAUCAACCGAUCACUAUCAUUCAAAUCUAGUCAUUUUGUUUUGCUUUGUUUGUUCUCAUAUUACAGGCCCUUUACUUGCCUCAUUUUUGUUGGUCAAUCCAUCUCCAACCAUUUCCUAA